UUUGCAGGGGUGGAACCAGAGCUCUUCGGUGAAACUGUGCUGUCGUCACAAUCGCAGACUCUGGUCUGCGAAGAGGGGCGGGGGAGCCGAAAGCGAGAGUAGCCUACAAACUUCUUCACGCUGGAGGAAGACACGAAAACAAACUGCCGCAAACCGAGAACGAAGAGUAAACUAAUUUAUACAGAACACACGGAAGAGAGUUGCUCCGGUCAAUCGUGACUCGAGGUCGAAUUUGGAGUAGAAAAAAGAUGGCUAGUAGUGGUAUAUUUGGAUGGGGUCCAGCUAUGAACCAAGGGAACCCUUACCUGGAGAUCAUAGAGCAGCCCAAGCAGAGGGGCAUGCGCUUCAGGUACAAGUGUGAGGGCCGGUCAGCGGGUAGCAUCCCGGGCGAGAAGAGCAACGACACGACCAAGACGCACCCCGCCAUCAAGGUCCACAACUACAGUGGCCCACUCCGCGUGCGCAUUUCCCUGGUCACCAAAACUCCUCCCUACAAGCCACACCCCCACGAGCUCGUUGGCAAGGACUGUAAGCACGGUUACUACGAGGCCGAUCUGCAGGACAGACGCGUGCACAGCUUUCAGAAUCUGGGCAUUCAGUGCGUGAAGAAGAAAGAUGUGGCCGAGGCCAUUUCCUGCAGGUUGCAGACGCACAACAAUCCCUACAACAUUUCUGAGGCGGAGGUGUGGGCGGAGGAGUACGACCUGAACGCGGUGCGGCUCUGCUUCCAGGCCUCCAUCUCCCUGCCCACGGGGGAGAUCUGCCCCCUGGAGCCUGUGGUGUCCCAGCCCAUAUACGACAACCGGGCUCCCAACACCGCCGAGCUGAAGAUCUGUCGGGUGAACAAGAACUCCGGGAGCUGCAGGGGCGGCGAUGAAAUCUUCCUUCUGUGUGACAAAGUGCAGAAAGAGGACAUCGAGGUGCGCUUCUACCUGGACUCCUGGGAGGGGAAAGGGUCCUUCUCCCAGGCGGACGUCCACCGGCAGGUGGCCAUCGUCUUCCGCACGCCCCCCUACAGUGACCCCCACCUCACGGAGCCCGUGCGGGUGAAGAUGCAGCUGCGCAGGCCGUCCGAUCGCGAGGUCAGCGAGCCCGUGGACUUCCAGUACCUGCCUGCCGACCAAGAUGAGUACAGACUGAUGGAGAAGAGGAAGCGCACUGAGGGAAUGUUCCAGAACCUGAAGCUGGGAAACAGCAUGCCAGGGCCUGUGUCUGGAGAGAGGAGACCAUUCCCCGCGGCCAGGAGAACAGUGCCUGCUUCCAAACCCCCAGCCGCUCGGGUGCAGCCUGUGGUACACCCUGUGGCUCCGGUGGCUCCAGUCAAACCCUCGCCGUUUUUUGGCCAGCAGCCGGGCCAGUUGUUCUCCGCCCCGCCCAAGCCGGAGGCGGUCCCCGUCUCGGAACCCUGGCAGUUCCGCGGCGGCCUCGCUCUGGACUCCCAGCCGACGGCCUCCACGGUGACCAGCCUCUCCGCCCCCGGCCCCGCCCCUUCCGCGGCAGCCCCCUCCCAAGACUUCCGCACCGUGAACCUGUCCGACCUGUUCGGGUUCAACUUCCCCUUCUCCAGCAGCCAGGAAACGGGGUCCAAGCUGGGCGCUGCUGACGGAGCAGGAGGAGGUGCAGGAGGAGGCGGAGGAGGCGGAGUCGGGGCGGGAGUUCCCGAGGCCGCCGUCCACUCGGAGCCCGGGUCCGCCUUCGGGGCGAUUGGGUCGGGGGCGCGGUUCAGGACAGACCACGCGCUGGGCGACGAAGAGCUGGCCGAGUUCCCCUGCCUGAGGGACGCCCACGUGUCCGGCAAUCUGGACAGCAUCGACACCGAGGCCUUCCAGGCCCUGCUGGGCCAGAGCGGCAUGGCGGGGGAUGGUCUGGGCAACGCCGGGGGGUCCUGCCCCAUGGCCCAGUCCUCCUCAGCCUCCGACAGUUCCGCUCACGAGCCCCCCGACCUGUCCGCCAACAACCACGUCUGCGGGGGCACGUGGAUGAAUUACCCCAACAGCAUCAUGAGCCUGCUGCAGAACGAGGGCAUGAUGGAGGUCCCCAUGGCCGCGGCGAGCAACCCCCCGGUCCUCGACGACCUGGACGACCUGGACGAGGACCGCCUCAUGUCCCUUCUGAACUGCGGCACCCCGCCCAGCUUCAUGCCCGGACACCACACUUAACCCCGCCUACUCCCUGCUUCUUCGUUGGCCAAACUGAGCUGCCCCAAUGUGUUCCCCCCUCCCCCUCUGUCCUCCCCCAGCAGUUCUGGUCAUGCUGUUGUUGCCAUGGUGCUGGAGGGGCUCAGGCAACAAACAGUCAAAAUGGGGAAGGUUUGAGACUUUUCAGACGAGGGGUUCGUUUCUCCUUGUUAUAGGUGUGGGUUUGCUCAGGACCUCCCAAGCUAUGCCGGGGCAUAUUAAACAGGAAUUUGUAUAUAGUGGGGGGGGGGGGGGGGACCCUGUUUUAACAGGGCCAUACAUGUAUCUGGAGUCUGCUGAAAGCCAGAGAGGUCAUGCCCACGUAAGUGUUUUUAUAAAUGUUGUCAAAUAUGAAUAUGCAAUGCACACCGCCCAGGAAAAAAAAGAAAAAGAAAAAAGUGGGCGGGGCUAGACUGAAGGAAGUACUUUUUAUUCAAAGCAACUGGACAACUGUAAACUUGCUUUUGUUGUAUCAUGACUGUACGUUACUGUCCAGGACCCCACUGUAUUUCAGUGUGUCUACAGAAGAAGAUGCUCCACAGCGCACAUCUUGUUAAAUGUCUCCACUGGAAAAUCCUGACCCCCUAUAAAGCAGCCUUGCCAAGAAGUGUCUUCAGGGUCACAGGACGAAGUUGCAACUGUUCGGUCCGUACCGUGGGUUCGAGAACCUUGGAUGUGAACGUGCUGGAAAGAAACCGUGAAGAAAAUCCACAGCAAAAUACAGUUUUGGUCUCAUUAUUGCUGAUCUGAUUCUUUGUUCCCUUUUGGACAUACUGAGGUAACUCAAGAGAAGCUUGCUGUGUUGCAGACAGCCUCACAAGUCCUGCCUGCAGAAGUGUGGUGGAACAAUUCCCUCAUUUUGGGGCGAGGUGUGGAUCCCAGUCCAAUAUACUGGUGCUGUUCCAUUCAGCAGCGGGGAGUGUUUGGACUUCCUGUUCCUCCCAGAAUGGCAGGGGGCAGUAGGGCAGUUGAAUAGCUAGUAGAGAGAGGGCCAGCAGUUCACAGCAGACUCUCUUCAGGGGAAAGACUAGUGUGCCUUACUUACCGGCUAAAGUUGUAGCAGUGAAAAAAGAGGGAUGGCUCACCUCCAGCCCUGGAGCGGUUCCACCAGUUCCCCACCUCUCUUCCAGUCUCCAGUCUUCCAGGCUGGGUAGGAAAGUCAAGCAGGCUCGGUAGAGCCCGUUGUUUGGUUAGUCAAAGUGCCUGGUGGGAACCAAAACUGUGUGGGCACUGUUUCCCUCCAGGACUAGAGAUGAGCAACCCCAGUGUACAGUUUACUGAGCGGAACUUGUUUCAGACUGCUUGCAUGGCGGAAAAUUGGUUCCCUGAAAGGGAAACGAAGAGAAACGUGACAUCCCCAAUCUUCUCUUGUGCAGUCGGUGGCUAUUUCCUGACACUGCAUGAAAUGCUGUGUCUCGUUUCCCUGAACGGCUAUGAGCUGGAGUUCAGGGCAGGAAGCUAACUUUUUUUUUGUCCACUGGCCACAGUGGCUGACGCAUCCCAAUAUUCACCAGCCAAGUUAACUGUUUUAAUGGACAACUAGGCAUUUAGAACUGAACAGGUCCUCCAAGUGAUGGGUGGUUACCUAAGGAGCUGGCAAGAGUAGACUGUUACCAGCCAGAUAAAUAUUACCAGAAUUUGGCUGGUGGCUGGUGUUGAGUUCCCACCCAGUGUACAUUUGUACAGUAUCUUUGUUUUUACUUGUGUGUCCGUCUCUAUACUUUGUUGUCUCAUUUCUUUAUGAGGAUUUUAAUUUCAAAAACACCCGCUUGUUAGCUGAUUAACAAGACCAGGUCAAAACCUAGUAUAUGGCUGGACCUAACACACUUCAUCCAGCCGACCAAUGGUGUAACUUUAUAACUCGGCCGACCAAUGGUGUAACUUCGUCACUCACUCAGUCAGACAUUCACGUUUGUAGGGCUGGCCCCGCUGUUGCGGUCCAGACAAAAAAACAAAACAGGAUUAGUUCUGCAAGUGGCAUUACUCCAGAUGAAAUGAGCAGAUGUAGCCAGUUUCUAGCAACUUGUCAGAUAGUUGUGUAUACCACAAGUUCUCAAGUGGCUCAAGUUUGAUGCCUUCAUGUCUUUUAUUGUGUCCUUAUUGUCACUUGCCAUACGGCAGCACAGAAACAUUGUAAAUGACUUCGCUAUGAUGUGCCUUUAUUCUCAGUAACGGUUGUACGCAUAAUCUGUACGCAAGCACACACUUUAUAUUUUCACAAAUACAUUCACACACAACACCGAAGUAAAUAAAAAUCCAGUACGAACAUCAUGGUAGUAAACACACUGACGUUGCAUUGACUUGAGACUGUUCAAUACGCAUACUGAAAAUAAACAGAAACUUCUGCCUGGACAUUAUUUUUAUUACUGUUUGGGACUAUAUGUCACAGUUAUUUAUUUGCUCAUCGGCUCCUACCCAUCUCACGGUCAAUUUAUGGGUCUGCAGCUUUGAAAAUUGCAGAACUUGUUUCUACCGUUGUUGCCACAGGAAAUAUAUUUUUGGGGAUUGUGCAGUAACCAUGGUAACAU